CGUAGCUGGGGAAAGCGGAUGGGCUCCGUAAGCUGUGUGGCGCGGCGAUUCGGGUCGCUGCUGUGGCGCAGGGCCCUAUCCCCGGGAGCCGGGCUCUCGGCGGGCUGGGGGCCACGGCUUCGUCUGCUGGCCGCGGGGCGGCUUAAGGCGGGGCCGGCGUUGGGCCUGGCCUGUCUGAGCCCUGACCGCGCGCGCGGCCUGCACGGCGGACCCGGCUUAGAGGAGCGGGCGGAGGGGGCAGCUGGCCAGAAGCGCCCGGAGACAGGCACAGCAGAUCAUACUGGUCCCAAGUUUGACAUCGAUAUGCUGGUUUCGCUUCUGAGGCAAGAAAAUGCAAGAGACAUUUGUGUGAUCAAGGUUCCUCCAGAAUUGAAAUACACAGAUUACUUUGUGAUUGGUAGUGGAACUUCCACCCGACACUUGCAUGCGAUGGCCUACUACAUUGUUAAAAUGUAUAAAUACCUGAAAUGUAAAAGUGAGCCUCAUGUUAAGAUUGAAGGGAAGGACACUGAUGACUGGCUCUGUGUGGACUUUGGCAGCAUGGUGAUUCAUUUGAUGCUUCCAGAAACCAGAGAAACCUAUGAAUUAGAGAAAUUAUGGACCCUACGUUCUUAUGAUGACCAGUUAGCACAGAUAGCACCUGAGACAUUACCUGAAGACUUCAUUCUUGGAAUAGAAGAUGAUACUUCAUCCCUGACUCCAGUGGAGUUCAAAUAAAAAUAAAAUAAUAUGAACUAUUUUGUCAUUAUCAGAUUUGGAUUGAGUUACUUCUUAAAAAUACAGCUCUGAAACCCCACUUCAUUGGUCAGGUUGUUGUCCAAAGCCUUAUCUGUGGGCAUGCAUGCUAAAUGAGUGUGGAAAUUGUGGGUAAGUGAGCUGAUUCUAACACCAAGAGUCAGUAUAUUUAAACUAAAAUUUUAGUACAUUGUUUUUAUUCCUGAUAUCCCAGCAGGAUUUCAUGGAGUUAGUAGUGGCCCCUGUGCUCUGCUCAGUUUAAUUUUGCCUCAGUGUAAAUCUUAUUCUGUAGAUGGAAUAGCCAUUUUUUAAAAAAUAAAGCAAACCACAUCACCA